UUAGUACACAUUAUCCAAGAGGUCACAAACUGGACCAGAAAGCCAGUAGUGUUGCUGAAGGCGCCGGCUACAUCUGAUAAAAGCAAGCAGAAGUCAAUGAACGACACUGAGAAGAAAGGUGACGAGUCAAAAGUGAGAAGGAAACGGAAAUCACAAGAAGAAGCAAAAGAAGAUGAAAAUCUGGCAAAGAGGAUCAUGACUGAAGGAGGUGACAUCGAGAGAAACGAAAGGCAACAAGGAGACCUUCAAAAGUUUCAGGAUGGUAGGGCUGAAUUAGCACUUGUAGUUCGUUUACCUGAUUUUCAAGUCAUAAAUUUCGCUACUUUGGAAAUUCUGCGGUAUUCCUAGUUUAUAAACACUGCCUUGUUUAUACAACGAAAAACGCUCACUUGGUGCAUUCGCUAUGCAAAGAUAGUUUCUUUUAAAUUCCGGCUAAAAACUGUAUUAUUAUCACUUUGAUGGGCAUUGUGGCGCAUUUUGCGUGCUAAAAAAAAGAAUUCGCCGGGCUAAAAUGUAUUUUUAAAAAUAAACCAAGACAACCAAUCUUCGCGCCGUCUUCUUGUAGCGUUGGUAAAAGAAACCGUGGAGCUAUUUUUAAAGCCCAAAUCAUGGCUGAAAACACAGAAAACAACAAAAAAUUUGUAAAUUCUCAAUCUUCUCAGGUAGGGAAGAAGAUCUUAAAAAGUUAGAUGCUGAUUCCAUGGCCGAUAGCGAAGUGCAUCUAAGUUUUGCGGAUUCAAGAAAAACAAACUCUGUUUAACCAAUUAUGCCAAACUGUCAGUCUUGCAAUUGCACAAUUACUUGCAAUACUUACAAAUAAGUUAAUCCAUUUUUUCUUUCACGUCUUUUACGAUUCUUCACAACACACAUAGGGGAAGAUUUUGUAAUUUUUAGCCAGCUUUGGUAUCAACCAAAGCUGGCUAGCUUUUAGCAUUGGUAUUUUCAUUGUGCGAAAAUAAGAGCCCGGCAUUCAAGUUAUAAACGCUCGCUGUCAAGUUUUUUUUUUUUUUUUUUUUUUCAGUUUUUUUUUUCUCAAUACCCUCCAAAGUGAUAAUGAUAGUAAUAGAGUUUAUGGGUUUCUCAUUGUAGGGGCAGGGCAAAACCUAGGGACAAUUCAAAAGAAACUGAAGCAUCGGAUUUUUUUUUCAGCUCUGAAGGAUAUGAAUGGCAGUGUUGCACUAAGCGAAGUGCAAAUCAAGUGUGGCAUAUGUUCAAAAAGCUAUGCUUGUCGUCACACAGACAGGACAUUUAAUGGAAAAGUCAGCUACUUCAAAGCGAGUAAGUAAUGAUCACUUAUCUUUACAUAUUUUAUCAGACAUGAUAAAUUAGCGUUCGUGACAGUCUUGCCUGUUAAGUCCUUUAACUAUUUUAAUAUAUAUUUUGUAUUUUUUUUCACACUUGAAAAUGACCUCAUAGAGGUCGAAACGUGACUUUUUAGCGUUAAUUUUUAUAAAAUUUAUGAAAUUACUCAUCCACAAUUGACGAAAAGUAGCUAAACUUAGAGAGAUAAGAGACGAAUAAUCAUCAUCAAAGAAUUACAAUGGGAGCACUUAUUGAAAAACGUCAACGAGACGACUUUUUUUAAUACUGAAAGGUUAAAAGCGGCUGGAAACCGAGAGAGGGAUGCUUAGAGCAUGGAAAUUCGUGAUAUCUAAACUAAAUACUUAAAUAAUUACAGACCACUUCAACAAGUAUCUAAGCAGAAAGAACAAGAAUGAUGCCACUCUUAAGAGUCAAGGUCGCAUGGAUGCAUUUCUGAUGAAAGCCAGUAACUCGAUAUCAUCCAAACAAAAGGCAGGAUAUAUUGCUAACAAUGAGGCAGACAUGAGCAAAGAGGACUUUGACGGCGCAGAUGCCACAUUGGCAGAGAAGUAA